GUAAGCACUUCCAACCUUGAGUGUGAGGUGAUUCGAUCCGGUGGUAGCGUGGAGAGAAAAAUGGAAUCAAGCGAAGAGGACGGUGGAGUGCCACUUAGCCGGAUGGCGGAGUGGCGUGAUGUGACGCCUCUUCGUCAAGACGACGGUCCCAACCCAGUCGUCCCCAUAACUUACAAGGAAGAAUUUCGUGAAACCAUGGAUUACUUCCGCGCCAUUUACAAGGCCGACGAACGCUCCCCUCGUGCUCUUCGCCUCACUCGACGAGCCAUCCAUCUUAAUCCUGGCAAUUACACUGUUUGGCAUUUUAGACGACUCGUGCUCGAGGCACUUAAUACCGAUCUGGACGAGGAAUUGGAUUUUAUUCAACGGAUUGCUAAUUCUAACUCUAAGAACUAUCAAUUAUGGCACCAUCGGCGGUGGGUUAUCGAGAGAUUGGGAUCUAAUGCUAGAAGCAAGGAACUUCAUCUCAUUAAGAGUAUAUUGUCACUUGAUGCGAAAAAUUAUCAUGCCUGGUCACAUAGGCAGUGGGUGCUUCAGGCAUUAGGAGGCUGGGAAGAUGAGCUUGAUUAUUGUCGGCAACUUCUUGAACAAGAUAUCUUCAAUAAUUCUGCUUGGAAUCAGAGAUAUUUUGUUGUAACAAGAUCUCCUUUCUUGGGAGGCCUGCCAGCCAUGAGAGCAUCUGAAGUGAGAUACAGUGUGGAAGCCAUUGUGGUCAACCCAAACAACGAGUGUCCAUGGAGAUACCUCCGAGGUCUUUACAAAGACGAUAUUGAAUCAUUGGUUAAUGAUCGCGAGAUCUUAUCAAUAUGUUUGAAGGUAAUAAACACGAAAAGCGACUACAUUUUCGCACUGAAAAUGCUUCUCGAUCUUCUUUGUUAUGGCUUUCAGCCAUCUCAAGAGUUAAGAGAUGCUGUAGUUGCUCUUUGGACUUCAGACACUCGCCCGUUAGAUGCUGAUUUGGCAACGGCAAUUUGUGACAUCCUGGAACACGUGGACUCCUUGAGGGCAAGCUAUUGGAUUUGGCGCAAAAACAAGCUUCGUAUUGCAGCCUGACGUUGAUAAGUAGAAACAAGGGUGAUUAGGUGAACAAUGUUUGAACAUCUUUUGCUAAAUUGCAAAAAUUCUGUGUUGUUGGUUUAUGCAUGGAUUAGAAAGCCGGGCCUGUGCAGUUGGUUGAACCGAUCGUUGGUCAAACUGGCACUAAACCGGAUCAAGCUUGUAAAAUUAUUGUUUUAUAUAUUUUUUUAUAAUUUUAUUUGUAAGGAUGAGAUUUGAACCUUUAAUUACUUUGUUUUAUGCUGAAACUUAU